CCGCUUCCUCUGCUUGGGUGCUUCUCGGCCUGACUUCCCCUUUCUCCCACCUUUCCCGGCACCGCGGGAAAAGCAGCGCAGGGCAGAGCAGGCAGGGAGGACGGCCGGAGCCCGGACACGGGAGCCUCCCAGUCAGUUCAAGACCCGACAUGAGGGAAAAGGGCCGUAGGAAGAAGGGCAGGACCUGGGCGGAGGCCGCCAAGACGGUCUUAGAAAAAUACCCCAAUACACCCAUGAGUCAUAAAGAAAUUCUUCAAGUUAUCCAGAGAGAAGGACUAAAAGAAAUCAGAAGUGGGACUUCCCCUCUUGCAUGCCUUAACGCAAUGCUGCACACAAAUUCCAGAGGUGAAGAAGGCAUCUUCUAUAAAGUUCCAGGUAGAAUGGGAGUAUAUACUUUAAAGAAAGAUGUACCAGAUGGGGUGAAAGAGCUAUCAGAAGGGUCAGAAGAAAGCAGUGAUGGUCAGUCAGACUCGCAGAGUUCCGAGAACAGCAGCAGCAGCAGCAGUGAUGGUGGCAGCAACAAGGAAGGGAAAAAGAACAGGUGGAAAAGGAAAGUGUCGUCUAGACUGUCUCAGCCGUCCUCUCCCCAGUCAGGCUGCCCAUCACCCACCAUUCCAGCAAGUAAAGUCAUUUCUCCAUCACAGAAGCACAGCAAGAAGGCACUAAAGCAGGCUCUGAAGCAGCAACAGCAGAAGAAGCAGCAGCAGCAGUGUAGGCCAAGCAUGUCCGUCUCCUCCAGCCAGCAUCUCUCACUCAAGACUGUCAAAGCAGCCAGUGACUCUGUGUCUGCCAAACCUGUGAUAUGGGAAGGAAAGCAAGCCGAUGGACAGUCCAGCAGCCCUCAUAACUCAAACUCUAGCUUUUCUUCUUCAGUUAAAGUGGAAAGUCCUUUGCUAGGCUUGGGAAAGAAGUCGUUUCAAAGGUCUGACAGACUCCAUACAAGGCAGAUGAAAAGGACUAAGUGUGCUGAAAUUGAUGUGGAGACACCAGACUCCAUUCUGGUUAAUACAAAUCUACGAGCCCUGAUCAACAAACACACAUUUUCAGUCCUUCCUGGAGACUGCCAACAGCGACUGCUUCUGCUGCUUCCAGAGGUGGAUCGGCAGGUUGGUCCAGAUGGUCUGAUGAAGUUAAACGGCUCAGCCCUUAAUAAUGAGUUCUUCACUUCAGCAGCCCAAGGCUGGAAAGAAAGACUGUCAGAAGGUGAAUUUACACCUGAGAUGCAGGUGAGAAUUCGACAAGAAAUCGAAAAGGAAAAGAAAGUGGAGCCAUGGAAAGAACAAUUUUUUGAAAGCUACUAUGGUCAGAGUUCUGGUUUGAGCCUUGAGGAUUCAAAGAAGUUGACGGCUUCACCCAGUGAUCCCAAAGUAAAGAAAAGCCCAGCUGAGCUACCAAAAUCCAUGCUUCUUCCAGAGGCCUCACCUGUUAGUAUUGUCCCAGUUAUUCCACAGUUAGAGUCUAAAGAUGAAGCAGUACAGAUGCCAUCACCAAUCAAAGAAGAGGAUGAAAGUCAGGAUAAGGGGCAGCCAAACUUCUCCAAGCCCACGGAGCCUCUGCUUUCUGCAGCUAGCAAUACGGAUGAGCUUAGCAAUGUUCUUCCCAUCAAAUGCCCAAAGGGGGAGGAGCUUCUGGAGCAGAAGCCAGUUGUCUCUGCUGAACAGGAGUCUGAGAAAGAAAAUCAUCUCACUAAAGCUGCUAAUAUUAAUAAAAAUGAAAACCAAGAAGCAACUUCAGUUACAUCCCCGAGCAAACCCAAGAGUCCUGGUGUGGAAAAGCCAAUCAAGCCCACAUUAGAAACAAGUCAGCAGGAGACCACGAAAGAGCCUCCAACAAUUCUGGUUGAUCAGAGCCCAGAAAGCCUCAAGAGGAAAUCUCUCACCCAAGAGGAGGCCCCUGCAAGCUGGGAGAAAAGGCCACGUGUCACUGAGAAUCGCCAGCACCAGCAGCCAUUUCAAGUCUCGCCGCAGCCCUUUCUCAACAGAGGGGACAGGGUCCAGGUGCGAAAGGUACCACCUCUCAAGAUCCCGGUCUCCAGAAUCUCCCCCAUGCCAUUUCCUGCAUCGCAGGUCUCUCCCAGGGCUCGUUUUCCAAUCUCCAUCACUAGUCCUAACAGAACCGGAGCCAGAACCCUUGCAGACAUCAAAGCAAAAGCCCAGCUGGUCAAAGCACAGAGGGCAGCAGCGGCUGCUGCAGCCGCCGCCGCUGCACAUGCCUCAGUUGGAGGGACCAUUCCAGGACCUGGUCCCGGGGGUGGACAAGGUCCAGGAGACGGUGGUGAAAGAAAAACUGCUAGAGGAGGGAGCCCAGACUCAGACAGAGUCUGUGAAACUGGAAAGGGCUCCACACUGGAACUGGCAGGAACUGGAAGCAGGGGAGGUACGAGAGAGCUUUUACCCUGUGGUCCAGAGACUCAGCCCCAGCCUGAGACCAAGACCCCAUGCCAGGCACAGUCUCCUGGUGUCGCUGGAGCACAACUACAGCAAACCCCCUCAGUGCCUCCAACAUCUGCCAUCGCUGGAACAUGCACAAAUAUCCCAUCACCAGCCCACACUAAUGCACCCCCAACUUUAGGGAAAUUGAAUAAUGAAAAACUGAAUCCCAACAGGGCAGCAGCCACAGUGGCCUCUCUUAGCCACACACAAGGGCCCAGUAAUUGCAAGCAGGAGAAAGCACCUUCUACUCCAACUGAUGCUGCUCUAAUCUCAGGUGCCUCACCCGUUCAUUUUGCAGCUGAUGGCACAAUUGAUCCCAAAGCAGGUUCUGGUAAGAAUACACCAAACCCUUCAGCCUCCGCAGAGACAAGUGCUAGUGCUUCAGUGGAUAUGACUUCUUCCCCUUUAACAUCUUUAUUAACAACAGCCACUUUAGAAAAACUUCCUAUACCCCCGGUCAGUGUAACUACAGCCCCUGCUGGAUCAGCUCCAUCCUCAAGCACUAUGCCAGCAGCUUCUAGCCUUAAAACUCCUCCAGGAGCUUCUUCAAAUAUCAAUGGACCCAUGUCAAGGCCAACCUCUAGUAUCCCGGCUAAUAAUCCUUUGGUGACUCAACUGCUCCAGGGCAAAGAUGUUCCCAUGGAGCAAAUUCUGCCUAAACCUCUCACCAAAGUUGAAAUGAAAACUGUUCCACUGACUCCAAAAGAGGGAAAGGGGACAGGCGCGCUCUCGGGCACCAACAUAACAGGAAACAGCAUCACAGAGGAAGUUCAUGAGAGGCAGCCCCAUCCCGCUGUACAGCAGCUUGGUAAAGCCUUGCACAGUAAGCACCUUCCCCAGGUUCCAAGACCUCUUCAGCUGUUUUCAGGUAAGGAUCUGAGGGACCCUAGCAUUGACCCACACCAGUACCAGGAAGGACUAAGUGAAGCAACCCAGGAUCAGAUCCUUCAAACUCUCAUCCAGAGGGUUCGGAGGCAAAAUGUUCCCUCAUUUGUGCAGCCCUCCCAAUUCAUCUUAACUCACUCAGGUUUCCAAUUAGAAGACAUCUCUACAAGUCAGAGAUUCAUGCUAGGUUUUGCUGGCAGAAGGACAUCCAAGCCUGCAAUGGCAGGUCACUACUUACUUAACAUUUCCACCUAUGGCCGGGGUUCAGAGAGCUUUAGGAGGACCCAUUCUGUAAACUCUGAAGACCGAUUUUGUCUGAGUAGCCCCACGGAGGCCUUGAAAGUGGGUUAUGGAGACUGUAAAAAUACCACAGGAGAUAGUAGCAGUGGCAAAGAAGAUACUGAUGAAGAAAGCACUGGUGAUGAGCAAGAAUCUGUCAUGAUAAAGGAGGAGCCUCAGGCUUCCCAAAGUUCUGGCAAGUGUGAAAUAAGCUCAGCACACCACAGUAGAGAAACCCUACCCACCGAUGAAUGUUUAGCUAAAAAGAAUAUGAAGUUAGACACACCAGUGCAUGAGCAAACCUCUUUAAGCAAAGAGAAUUACCUAUUCAGUAGAGGCCAAGCAUUUGAUGAAAAGACCCUAGCCAGAGAUUUUAUCCAGGCAGCAAAGAAGCAGAUGGCUCAUGCAGCGAGAGGUAAGACAAUGCGUAGCAGCCCCGAGCUUUUCAAUUCUGCUCUUCCUCUAUCUGCAGACAGUCCUACCCAUCAGCCUCUGGUUCUUCCGCCACUGCAAACCCCAAAGCUGUAUGGAAGCCCCACACAGAUCGGGCCAAGCUACAGAGGCAUGAUCAAUGUUUCCACCUCGUCUGACAUGGACCAUAGCUCUGCUGUCCCAGGGAUGCCUGACUGUGGCCAGGUACCUAGCAACGUUGGUGAUGUCAUGUCCUUUUCAGUGACUGUCACUACCAUCCCUGCUAGCCAAGCAAUGAAUCCCAGCAGCCAUGGCCAGACCAUUCCUGUUCAGGCUUUUCCUGAAGAAAACAGCAUAGAGGACACACCUUCGAAAUGUUACUGCCGGUUGAAAGCCAUGAUCAUGUGCAAGGGCUGCGGUGCGUUCUGCCAUGAUGACUGCAUCGGCCCCUCCAAGCUGUGUGUCUCCUGCCUGGUGGUUCGGUAAUGAGACCAGAACGAGAACUCACUGUAAAGGGGGCAGGAAGGGAAAGGUUGACAAGAUGUGUGUUUUGCAUCCUUUUGGAAUCACAGAAAUAAACGAGUCGGUUUCAGUUGUCCUAAGAGACAAAUGUUACUUUUAAUCAGGAGUAGAGUACAGAUCUUACACUUUAGGGGAAGAGCACCUUGUAUAGUAAGUCUCGGUCAAGCAAGACUUUGUGAAUCUGUGACAAGUUUGCACUUACAAAAUCAUGUAAAUAUGUCACAUUUUGUUUUAACAUUAUUUUUCCAAGUAUUUAGGUAAUAAUGUAUUACUUUGAAUUCAGACUUACGUUCCACUCCAUGUGACUGAGAAGCGUUUAGUGGCAUGCAUGGAGAAAGAAAAGCAAUCUCCCUUCUGUCCUUUCCUAUGGCUAGGAAAAGAGGGUGUAAAGGAUGGUUUGCUGAAUGACCGUUCACGCUGAUUACGUCUUGACAGUCCGACUGCAGGCUCCAUCGGACCUGGACUCAGGGUCUCCGCAGUCCCUUUGACCUUAGACGGAACCUUCUAAAGUGCAAAUUUUUGAUGAGGUCCUGAUUUCCUGGGUAGAAUUUCAGACUCCAAAAGCUCUGACUUGGUUCUUGGUUUCCAUAAGCCAGUGCUGUUGGCUAAGUAAUCUGCUUGCAGUUGGUGGAUCUCUGCUGUUCCUCUUCCCACCCCCCAGCCUGGAGACGGAUGUCUCUUCUCUGUGGUUCCUUUAAUCUGAGGGUGGACAGACUAAACAGGAGAAUUAGGAAAGGCAUCGGGGUUUUCAAGUCCAUUUGGAGAACAAACGACAUUGUGCCUCUUCACCUUCGCCCAGGCUCUUGCAGCUCGUUGCCAAGCACUACUACUCGCUGACUCUCUUAACAAGUAAUACCCACUAAUAAAAUAUUUGCAUUUAUCAGUGUCCCCAAAAUAGAUUGUAAGACAGAAAUAAUCUUGACCAAAUAAUACUAUCCCCUUAAAUUGUUAGUAAAUUGAAUACAAUCCACUGUUGAUUUGUUUUGAAACAGCAGUUUCGAGUAGAAAGUUAUCUCAUGAGCUGAACAAGAAAAAAGGAGAUUCACCCUUUUGAAAGUGAAUCAGGAUUAAGAAGACAAAGUAGAAGAAUAUAGCACUCUACUACCUUAUAAAGCAGUUUGUAUCUUACUUUUUAAGUUACCUGGCCAUUCGGUGGGAACUGUUUCUUCUAGUAAGUGCUAAAGUUAGUUUUAUUAACUUAACCCUAUUUCCAGUGACUAGUCCAGCAUCUACCUAUUGCUACGCCUGCAGUGUGUGCUUGAGUUUUCAGAAUCCUUCCUCUGCAGGUCACCGUGGAGAGUUAGCAUUAACAUCUCACAAGUGUUUUAGUAGAGAAGGCUCCCUAAAUCUUCAAACAACUUGGAUUAAAAUUAUCUAUCUUACUAAACAGAAGAUAUAAAGCCACAUAACCUGGAGUUGUUCGCCCUAAUUCUGGCCUUUACCCCUGUGCUCGUGAUACUGAGGCUAUCUGUGGUAUACCCCAUGUAACAUUUUUAAGGUAAUUUCUGGCAAAUGGGAGAUAAUUUUUGUAGCAAGGGAAGCAUAUUAAUUACAUGGAGUUAGAAGGCACUCACACAGAUGUUUUAGGAAUUAUCCCAGAUUUUGAUAGCCAAAGGAAAACCUCACUGCCUUUCAGGUGAAGGUGUGAAUUCAUAAAUAAUUAAUGAUCUGACAGUUACCAUCCUAAUCGCUCAAUAUUGCCUUUCUCCACCGUCCAGUCCUUAAAGAGCUCUUUGGUGAAAUUUGUUGUAAUGGGGGUGGGUGGGUCUGGUCAUUACACCGCUAUUUAUUUCUAGAGCUCACUGUCAUUGAGCAGUGCCAGAGUUAUUUUCUCUGUGACAUCACAGCAAGGAGGGAAAACUCUCCCCAACACAUUACAACAGUGCUAAGUAAGAUACUUGGCCAAGGGUAGUUACCAGCUCAAUUUCUAGAAUAGUCCAAAGAGACUUUGAGAAACAUGAUGCUAGUCAGGGACUUUCCUACCAUGUUUCAAUACCUACAUACCUAUUGAACGAAAGCAAUAGGUAAAACAUUUCCUAAAGUUGAAGUGAGAGCUUCAUAGAUUCUUGGUUACUUUAUUUUUUUUAAUGCUUUACAUUUGAUACAACUAUUAAAAGAUCAAUUUUAAAAAUAGCUUUCCAGUAAUAUAUUUUAAGUAAUAUAUAUUUUAAUAUCUAUGUAAAAAGUGACAGUGGAAGACUUUGAAUUUCGCGUAUGGUAUGUUUAAUGUAGAACCUCACUGUUAAGGCACAAAUUAUUUCAAAGGAAGUUACUCUAAAGACACUCAGAUGAUUUCCCAAAAAAAAAAAAAAUGCAAUAAGGGGAAUAGUUUUGGAGUCUCAUUUUUAUUUUAAAAGAAAGUUGACUUAUUUACUGCAAGUUAUUUUUUUUUCCCUCUGGCUAUAAGGUUUGUAUAGACUGGUUUGGUAAAUGCAAAACUUUUUUGUGUCUUUUUGCCUUUUUAAAGGAAUUGUUAACAUUGGAAUUGAGGGUAUGUACAGAGAAGUUGGUGUCAGCACCAUUUAAAAAGUCAUAUUUUUCCACAAAUAGAG